GAGAAAAAUCUUACAAAUGUAAAGAAUGUGGCAAAGCCUUUGCCCAGUGUUCAUACCUUAGUGAACAUAAGAAAAUUCAUACUGGAGAGAAACCCUACAACUGUGAAGAAUGUGGCAAAGCCUUUAGAAGGCGCCCAGACCUUAGUAUACAUAAGAGAAUUCAUACUGGAGAAAAACCCUACAAAUGUGAAGAAUGUGGCAAAGCCUUUACCCAGUGCUCACACCUCACUCAACAUAAGAGAAUGCAUACUGAAGAGAAACCCUAUAACUGUGAAGAAUGUGGCAAAGCCUUUAGCCAGUGCUCAGACCUUAGUAAACAUAAGAGAAUUCAUACCGGAGCGUAAUCCUACAAAUGUUAAGAAUGUGGCAAAGCCUUUGCCUGGCACUCGAAAUUUUAUUUACAUAAGAGAAUUCAUACUUGAGAGAAACCCUACAAAUGUAAAGAAUGUGGCAAAGCCUUUACCUGGUGCUCAGACCUUAGCAAACAUAAGAGAAUUCAUACUGGAGAGAAACCCUACAAAUGUGAAGACUGUGGCAAAACCUAUGCCUCGUACUCAAACCUUCAUAUACAUAAACGAAUUCAUACUGGAGAGAAACCCUACAAAUGUGAAGAAUGUGGCAAAGCCUUUGCCCAGUGCUCACACCUUAGUUCUCAUAAGAGAGUUAGUAUAA